AGUGAAAUGGCAAUAAACGAGAGGAAACAGUAGGGUGAGGAGCGCGCACCGAAGCAGGGAUGACUCGAACGAGUGAAUAUGAAAAAGAGGAAAAAAGAAUCGAGUCAGAGUAUAGUCAAAGAAAUAAAACAGAGCAGCUGAGCACAAUCGCACGCCAGAGAAAGGAUUUCUGCUCGGCUACAUAUGGCAUAUAUAUAGUACUCUCUAAUCUCUAUACAAUCUCCUUUUAUCCCUCUGCAGCGCAUUAGUCCUACUAAAUAAUUUGGGAAAUAAAUCAAUCGCAAAUCUUCAAAGGAAGGUGACAACCAACGAAAGACUGCGCACGAUUAUAUAAGAAAUGCAGCAUACAUCUAUAAUAGAACAUGAAUCACUCUCAACUAUAACUCAAUUUCUUUUAAAACAUGUGCAGCCCUUUUUGCACAAAUCCGCUAUCGUUCGGGAGAGGAGAAGGCGAAAAGAGCGGCGUUCUGUAGGAGUAAAAGGUCGUUGUUAUUGGGAACGCGCGAGACUGACGCGUGGGUGGACAGUUCAUUUAAGACAAUGGCACCGCGACGAAACAGGCCCAGCAGUGCGUCGUAACCAUGUGACGAAUAUUACCUACCCAGUAUAUAGCGGGAGCAACAGAGAGGAAAAGUCUGAUAAUAUAUUACUAGGUCGUCGUGCAGUCUGAUGUCAAAAACCUUAUUUACAAGAAUGGAGGGGUAGCAGCAGCACGUCGUUAUACUAGACAGCGGGGGAGGGCCAUAACGGUCUAUUAUCCAGCGUAUUGAGCGAUUCCGACUAAAAAAGCAAAUAGCCCAACAUGAUGUCCCAGCGAAUUCAAACAAAAACGACGAAGAUGGAUCCAACCGAGUGGCAAAAAGAUUUUGUUCGUGUUCGAGGGUUAUGGGCGCUGCUCGUUCACAGAGAUAUGGUGGGCGGACAUGGAGGCUGAAUUUAUAUUAUCUAACCAAAGACUCUCUCUCUCUACAUAUGAGCGAGCAGCGAGCUUCGUUUGCUGUGCUGUGCGGAUCGAUUGCGGCCGACGAAUGCGCCUGCGCCGCCUCCACCAAAGCCGCGUGUAGGGCACUCGUUUACUUGGUAGCGCUAGCGACCGUCCGCCCACAGCCGUGCACACGCAGUCAUCUCUCGUAUACGUCGCUAAUAUCUUUAGAUCUUUUAUAAAUGUCGAACGGCCAACCAGUCGUCGCUUCCUAUCCAUCCCGGCAGGACUUGCGCUAUUUUUUGCCCCCGCCAUCCAUCCGAUUUCUAUUUUCCGAACGGCGAACAAGAACAGCAUCGACUGGAGGACUCAAAAGGCUCAGCACUAUUUGCCCAAUCGAUGCUAGCCAAUGCUGCCAUGGUUCUUAUAAGCCUUGAUUGCUAAAGUGCGUGAAUUUGCCCCCGAUUGCUGUGAACUCUACUCGCGUGUAUAUCUCUCUCCGCUGUUGCCUUUCGGGUCCCGCUGUCCGUUUUCGCAGAAGAGCAGGGGGAUUUCAGAGGCCAGCCAAGUGGUUAAAGUGGUGCACUUCCCUCCUUUUUUUUUUUUUUGCUUUUUGUCCAGCCUUUUUAUUUGGUCCCUUCUUUUUGAUUCCUUUAUUCCUCACACAAUCGACUCGUCCGUCAACCGCCUCUGUGGUCUAAUCUCGACUUGGCCGCCGAUUCCUGAUGAACGAAUUCUUCAAUUCACUUCGUCGCGUACCGUCGACCAAAGGUCAAGAUACAAAAAUGCGGUUUAGCAUAGAUCCACCAAUCAAUAGCAGCUAUUCCUCACCGCCCACUCUUCCUUCGCCUUGCUCCUCCUCCUCUUCACACCAAAAAUCAUCAGCACAGAACCAGCCGGACACUGGAUGCCGAAAACCGGAUUCGUCUGGAUUUCAGCAAUGGCACGACGCUAUGCGAAUGGUCGCCAGACUUCCAGGUGGAGUUCCACCUGAAUUUCGCCGAAAGCUGUGGCUGACACUGGCAGAGCAGCAUCUGUUGCGCAUUGGAGUCGACUGGUCGGAUGUGGAACGCAACUGCUUUAACGAUCGGAUCAAUCCGGAUGACGAGGAUCUCGGCGCUCAAAUUGUUCGGGAUCUGCAUCGGACGGGAUGCAGUUUAUUCUGUGGAGAAGACGCCUUACCUAAUCAGGCAUUAUUAAAGCGGGUGCUGUUGGCUUACGCCCGUUGGAAUAAAGCAGUUGGCUAUUGCCAAGGCCUCAACGUUCUGGCCGCCCUUUUGCUUGAAGUCAUGAACCGCUCCGAAACCGAGAGCCUUAAAGUGAUGAUCUAUUUGAUCGAAGGUGUCCUUCCAACUGGAUAUUUCGCCAACAACUUGCGUGGGCUAUCUAUUGACAUGGCCGUCUUCCGCGAUCUUCUCCGCCAGCGGCUGCCAGCUCUAUCACGGCAUCUGGAGAUGCUCCAGCAAUCAGAGUCCUGCACCGGAUCUUCGUCGUCCUACUGCAUAGAGCCUCCGUUGACCAACGUAUUCACCAUGCAGUGGUUCUUGACUCUCUUCGCCACUUGCCUGCCCAAGGCGGCCGUCCUCCGCGUUUGGGAUCUUAUUCUCCUCGAAGGCAACGACAUCCUGCUGCGCACCGCUCUGGCCAUCUGGCAAACGCUUGCCGAACGUAUACUAACAGUGAGGACGUGUGAUGAUUUCUAUUCAAUCAUGGCUGUUCUGGCCCGUGAGAUGCUCGAGUUUGGGUUGAUGGAACCAAACCACCUGGUCCAGACAAUCGUCAGCAUGGCACCUUUCCCGUUCCCAGGACUGAAUGAACUUCGUGAUAAAUACCGAUACAACAUCACGCCAUGGAGCGGUGGAAGUGGUCGAGUCCGUUUAUUUUACAGCGACGACGAUCCGGACGGAGAAGCAGAGGAGGACGAGGACGAAGAAAAGACGAAAGCCAUGAACGCUGUGGCCACUGUUUUCGGUGGUCUAAUGACAUCGUCAACGCUAUUCCGGACCACAAGCCGACGGAUCACUGACAUCACAUUCCGAAAAUCCAGUAAUCCGAAGCACACGUCCUCCCCCGCGUCCUCGUCCAGCAACGAGAAGGAGAAACUCCAGCUGGACAUUGCGGCCCUGAGGAAACAAUACGCCAAAUUACGUGAGCGUCAGAAACAGGCGCACGUCAUGUUCUGGACGGUGGCGUCCAGUGCGUCCAGCAACGAACGAAAAGGAUCCUCUUCGGAUAACCCAGCAAGUGCUGCUUUUUCGUCGACAUCGUCCGGUAUCAAUCCGGUCACCCACUUGUUGGCCGGCCGAAAGCCUUUGUUAACUCGCAGGCCUUCGACGUCGUCUUCGCCUUCUUCAUCCUCGUCUACUUCUUCGCAGCAGGGACCAAAAUUGCGACUCCCACCUCCUCGGAUUCCUCCACUUGUAGGAUCCACCGACGGCAAGGCUUAUUUUUCGGCCCCAACGACGCCUUCCGACAAGUCCGACAAUGAACCCACGUUCGAGAGUGUCAGAACUGGCCAAGUCAAUCCGUCCAAAGAUCCCAGCAAACAGCGGCAGCAACAUCAGCAACAACGUCGUAACAGCGGAUGCGCGACGUCAACGCCAUCGAAUGACGUCCGGCAACAAUACAUGGCGGCACCCUCAUUGUCCCAAUCCGGAACGACAGCGUCAACGCGAGGACUGGCAAUAACUGUCAACCGUUCAAGACUGGUUCAGGAGCUGCUCGAACAAAAUUCUGCCAUGCUAUUGAAACUGAAAGAUCGUCCGGAAGUGAUGACGACGAGCGAGCCGUCGUCAGCAGUUCCAAUGGGUGACGCCAGUGAAACGGUCGUCAAUGAAGGGAAUCAGCAGCAACAGCAGCCAGGCUCCGUGGUAAACAGUAAAGGAGCUAGUCCCAUCCAUCGCAAUCCGUUUCCGAGAAAUCUGGUCAGACCGCCGAAAGACGUCGUCGUUAAAUUAGGUCUAUACAGCUCUUCGCAGAAAUUUUAAUGUCUAAAAUUAUCCGUGGCAGUUUAACAGUGUUUUCGAUAUGAAAUGAAUAUCAAAAUGGAUUCAAUUUAAGUAUGACUGCGUCGACUGAAUUUUCACAAAUGCUUACAUCACGAUAUUUUUGUUUUCAAAUUGUUAUCGACCUCUGUCGACAUAUGAAAAAAGAAUAGGCCAAAAUAAAUUUGAUGCGUAGCAUUUCUAUGAUUCUAUUGUUUCACUUUAUUUGUUGCAGAUCGACUACGUAGUAAAUGAAAGAUUUAAUUUUUCAUUUGACAACCGACUAGA